AUGAACAAACAUGAUAGAGCAUGUAAGAAGGCCAGGCAUAGUGGCAAAGCCAUUCACCUUACCAAAUACAAGCAACUUUGCAAUAUGACAACUAAACGCCUGCACGUUGUGCACGACAAGUACCUCAAUGAAGUUAUGGGUGGCUUAACUCUAGAGUAUCUGGAGACUGGGCCUGAGAAGCCUGGCUGAGUUGAGCCAAUUUUAAUCAUUUAACCCUUUAUCUGAAAGGUUAUAACUCACGGAUUUAAAUUAUUUCAUAAGACGUAAUCUUUGGUCAUUAUUAUAUUUCAUCCACAUGUUCAUUUUAACAGAAGUUAAUAAAAUACAAAAAACCGUGAGGCGAUGAAUGUAUUUUUAGCGUUAUUUACAGUAGCUAAAUUGUUUAGAGGAAAGCGCCAUUUUUAUAGUGACAGAUUCUGUCAAAUGGCAGUUUUGUAAAAAUGCAUUGAGCUGUUAUAUAUUUGUUGGUCUAUAAGUGAUAGUAUAAAUGUGAGUAAGUUAGGAAAGUGGACAUGAUGGUUAAUGGCAAAGUGCUAUUAACAUUGUAACUUCUACAUGUACUUGUCAUCGUUGAACAAACUAUGCCAGUGUUUCCUUACUUCAACAUGAAAAAAGCAUGCGCAACUGCUUUAAAAAAAAGGUAUUUUGACUUUCUUCGGCUAAAAAGUUCGGCAUAAACCUACAGAGGAAAACUAGGACUAGAGCUUGUAAAUAUUUUGGCAUCAAUCUCUGUAAAUCAGCCCAAUUUCAGAAAAAUCGGGCAACGUAUAAUUAUGAGUAACCUUUACUCGCUUGAGUAAAGUUUACUCACCUCUCAAGGCUCCACAAAUGCACUGCUCUGAUUGUUUAAGACAGGGGAAACUUUUCCCUCCAUCUAACAGUUUUUAGUACGUAAUGAGUUUGGCACAGAACGUAAUUUUUUUGACAUGUUUUACAAGAACUUAAACCUAGCAUCCAGUGACCAAGUACUUCAAACAGCCCCAGGAAUAAGAAGAUAAAAUCAAGUCAAUAAAUAAACUCAUUCUUUAAAUUGCAUAAAACACACAGACAAAACAAAUAAGGCUGGUUCAUUCCAACAAAUUAAAAAUUCAGACCUGACGUGUUGUGAUCACUGUAUGUCAACUUGGACGAAUGCACACUCAAGAUCUGGGUUAUACCAACAUUGCUUUUCUCCAAUUUCUGUUUUCCUCAGCGAUACCAAAAAAAGGAAUUUCUAGUGAUGACAUUUUUUCCCUGCAAACAAUACCAGAUAGUUAGCCACUAGAGACAAAAUGCUGGCUGCUACUCAAAAUUGCCUUUUAUUUAAUUUCAUCAGUGGUUUAAAUACCAUUAAAUUUUUCUGCAAAAUCCUAAAGAAAGGAACACAAAAAAACCUACUUUCUUAUUUCGUUUCUUUUCUAGGACGUUCAUAUACAUGUACAGUUGUAGCUAUUAAUGACCUGAGAAGAGUAUUGUAUUGAACAACAAAAAAGAAAGUAAAUGAAAUGUUAAUGAAAUAAAACUAAAAUAAACAGUUACAGCAUUCUGUACAAUAUUUCAAAGGCAAGAUAUUCAGAAAAACGUUUUACCCAGAAUUAUGAAGCUUUGCAUGGAGAUGCCAUGUUUCAGUUUGUGUCCCUUUCAGGGGCACAAAUAUGGCCACUGGAAACCAACAGUUUUUGAGUUUUCCUACUGUAUUGCGUGAAUUCUCCGCUUGAGGAACUCAUAAAGAUUAAAGUAAUAUUUAUUCUGAGACAAGGAAUGUUUAGAUAGCAAAAUCUCCCAAAAUCGGUUAUGUUUUUAACCCACAUAAGAGCUUUUCUGGCCGUCAGCUGAAUACCGCGUCACACAAAAGCCCGGAAAUUCAAGUGUCCUGUAUCGCAAAACAAAGAACCCUUUUGAACCGAAAAUUUGUUGGUAUUAAGGUGCUGUAAUACCACAUGAAAGUAGAAACUCACAAGAAGCAAUAGUUUCUUAGUUUGAAUUUCGGUGACGUCAUGUGAAAACCAGGAAAUUGACCAGUGCAUUACAUCGUGAAAUAUUUGUACCCAAUAUAAUCCACGCGCAUGACGGCUUAUUGCCUUGCAUUGCUCAAUGCUUUCAGUCUUGUCUAAUUUUCAUUUUAGCAUUGUUUGCACAAAUUUUCUCAAAGUUCAGCUUAGAAAUAAACUCUUAUUUUCUUGUACUCAAGCGGGUAUUGCGCAGGCGCGCGUUACAAAUCUAAUAUGGCGGAAUGUUGAAAGGACUUGGUAAUCGUGUAUACAAGCUUGGGUUGAAAUAAUUAAAAAUAAAACCCAGGGAGCAAACCCAUUUUAGCUUACAGUUAUAAUGUAACAAAAUACAGUCGUCAGUACCAAGUCUAUUAAAACUUACAUCGUGUUUUCACGCCAGAACCGGCCUCCUGUUCACGCUAUCCGAUUAUUGGUUCGAGAACUCUGGCUUUUUCUUCAACUUCAAUCAACCGCAAAAAUGGUCAGGUAUUCAGGUAUGGCUUUUCUCUCAAGAAAGGUGUGUUUUCCUUUCCAAUAAACGAAAGAAUCGGGAGUUGAAUCACCCUCUUUUGCUUGCCACUCAUGGUCAUUCGUGCUGGGAACGUGUAGACUGGUUGCCAUUACAUACGCUGAUUGGAGAAUCUUGAUCACAUGGCUUUAGCGCGCGGAAGAUGAAACACGAAAAAUGAAGCCGCGGUGAAGUCUGGGUAAAUCCAAUUCGGGCAUUUAAAAUGAUUUUUCCCACAAAUUUUUUCAGUUGAAGUGAAAUAGACGGUCAUUCAAAACGUGAAGUGUUAGAAAUAUUUAAUAGAGUAAGAAAAAUGUUAUUGCUUGAUUUCUUCUCUUAACCCACUACCAAUAGACCUUUUUAGAUUUUUAGCUUGUAUAUUCAGACCACGUGGUGUUCUCCUGGGAAUUUGCCUACAUAGUUGGGUGCACAUGCAUAAGAGUCACGAGGUCAUCUUUGAUGAGUUUCAUUCGGAGCCAGUAUUUUUUUAGCCUCCUCCGUAGACAUUCUUAGGGACGUAUAAAGUUAGGUAUGUUUAUCUUCUAUCAGAAAUGCUAAUUUAUUUAUCCAAACAAAGAACUGAUUCGCCACCAAUUCGCCAGUUUUUUCCUUCAUUUUCAUGUUUUUUGGUAACGCGGACAUGGCGGUAGCGACUCCCAGGAGAGGACAUGCUUUCAUUGCUGAUUAGGAGCUGUCCAUAGCCAAGUCCAGGCAAAAGAGUGCGACACCCGGGGCGGAGAGGGAUUUCGCAUAUGAAAGGGGUGGGGAUGCUCGUCGUCUCGCUUAGGGGUGUAAAUUUCGGAUUUUGGUCUCACUUAGGGUGUUCUGGGCAAAACGCCAUCAUAUUUAGCCGUGAAGGUCUCGUUUAGGGUUGUACGCGAAAAAAUAUAGAAAUAUCAUUUAAUAAUUACAGGAGUUCAGGCUUCAGGAGUUAUCAUUGAUCUUUUAUUGCGACAGUGUUGUUUCGUAUGGUCCGAAAUCGGUAGGACGACACUUGACAUGUAUAUUUUUAAUUUGUUUUAUUUACUCCAUUCAUAUAGUUCAAGUUUUCUCAUUUGUCUGUGUUUUAACAUGGUCUCUUUUAGGGGUCAAAAAAAGGUUGGACCACGCCCAGAUCGGUCUCCUUUAGGGGUUUAAUUCAAAAUUUCCGACGAGCAUCCCCACCCCUUUCAUAUGCGGAGUCCCCCCAUCCCCGACUGUGACAUCUGGGACUCCUACAAGGAAUCUUUCGAUCACCGAAUGAGGAUGCCUGUAACAUAGUUACCAGGAAGGAUCAUCACCUGAUUCAAACUACAUUUAAGGGAAAAUUCCAUAGACUAAUUUGUGGUCUAAGAGAGAAAACACCCGAACACUGGGAAAGUUUUGGAGCCACGUUUCUAGUCAAUUCAUUUCCAUUUCCUUUGACUUGACCAUCGCUUGCGACGUUCCUGAAGGAGCAUCACACAUGGAACAUUGCAGAAAACGGAUCGAUUUGGAUUUUCUUAACCGACUAUUCGGAUCGCGAUGAUCUUUUGUGCCCUUGUGUUUCCUCCGCAGCGACACUGGGAUUCGGCCGUUGAUAAUAAGUUUGACAACAAUGCAUGACGAGAAGAUGGUAAUAUCCUCCUUUGGGUUAAUUAGCCUCGUCCCAAUACAUAUUAUCCGAAAGCCGAGGAGGGUCUUCGGACCCCUGACUUCCGACUUCCGACUACCGACUUUCAACUUCUGACUUCCGACUUCCGUAGCAACUGAAAAGGCGGUGGUAGGCCUACACGACUUUUUAUGCCAAAAUGCUGCUUGUUUCAAUAACAUUUUUUGCUUCUGCUGGGUAGAUUAUGCUAUGGAAGGUUCUAUAUUACAGAGCAAAUGUGAUUGUAGACGCCUGUUUCACACUGAGAGGUCAUGGCACACAUAUCGAUUUACGGUAGUUUUUCUGGUCGGCAAGAUUUGCCCCUGAUGAAAAAGCAUUUUCUUUGGCCUCAUUUAAAGCGUAAGGAUUUUUAUUACGGCUGAGUAAGGGCCCUAUUUUUUCUCCAAAGUGCCUUCUGGACCUGAAUAACUAAUCGGCUCCUGCUAAGCGAUUUUGUUUAGUCCGUGAAUCUGCAAUGUUUUAUCACGCUGGGCCCAGCUCGUUAGUUUUCUUUGCAGGAUGUUAAAUUAUCACGGAUAGUGAUUUACAGAUUCAAAGCCAUAAGAAUGAAGUGCAGCUUAAUUUAAAAUGAAGCUGCAUCAACUAUGGAGAAUUGCAUUGUGACUCAGUAUAUUCCAGCUUAAUUAGUGUUUUUCUACUCUUUUGACUGGAGCGAGUAUUUCCUUCCUUGGUACUAGUUUUUUUCGCGCUUCGCGCAAAAUGCCGCGUUCGCCUCUUGGCUCAUAAGGCGCCUGUUAUGCAGGCUAGAAUAACAUUAACAGUUAGUGUUUCAGGUGUUUGGACUGCUUUGUUAUUGCCACUUUGUGAUCAGGCAAGACCAUGGUUUCGAUUCUCCACGCGAACCUCAUCGGUUGCCGGGUUGGCUUUGUGCUUAGUUGCUUUUUCAAGAACA